CGAAUAUAAUUUUUUUUUUAUAACCCACUCUCUCCUCAAACUGUUCAUCUUCUCCAUUUUCAGUUGUUCAUUACAGUUUCGAGUAGUGGGUGGUUUCAUCCAUUUGAAAAAAUUUCAAAUCUCAUCCCACUUUCUCAAACUUCCCUCUCAUUUCCCCCCCAUUUUUCUUAUUUUUGUCUAUAAAUACCUUCAUCAUAGCUUCUAAUGACUGUUACUCGUUCAUUUCCUUCUCCAGCUAAAGCUACAAAACCCACAAAACAAUCCCAGAAAACCAGACCCAAAUCAAAAAUGGGUAAAAAAAUAUUAAAGACAACCCUCCUAGCCCCACUUCCCCUUCUGCUAAAAGAAAAACUCAUGGUGGACCUUCGAAGAACACUCAAGGGAAAAGACCUCGAACUGUGGUUGAAAACUCAGACUCAAAUUUUGAGUUGGAAUCUGAAUUUGUGAUGUCGCCUGUCUCUGUGAAGGUAUUUUAUUAUUUAUCUUUUAUUGUUUUUGAUUUUUUUUUGUUAAAUUCGAUUUUUCAAGUUCAUAUAACUGGGUAUCUGUUUGUUUUUAUCUCUGUAUUUGUAUAUGUUUUCCAUAUCUUGUUUAAUUUAUUUAUGUUUUUUUUUGUUGAUUUUUGUUUGUUGCUUUGUUGGUGUUGUUUCGUUUUAUUUUAGGGCAAGGGUAAAUCCCCUGUCAAUGUGUUGCCAUCCACAGGUGUGGCUGAGGAAAUUUCUGCUAACAGGAUUGUUGAGGUGUGUGAUGUUAUGCAUUCUGUUCUCUGGUUUUUUUUCAUUGUUUUUGUUUUUAUUGUUAUUUCAUAGUGUUUUAUGUGUGUUUUAGCAGUGUUUUUAUUGUUCUGUUUUUAGGAUUGGGAAUGCAAGUACACCCGAUCUCAAUUCUACCAUUCUAGAGUAGUAACAUCUGGUUAUUACUCUGUAAUUGGAGACAUUAAAAGAAUUCUUACUGAAAGCCAAUUGGAAAUUUUUUCAAAAACUGUGUUUGGUUAUUUUCUUCGGAUUCCAGAGUACAUAAUCCAUUACUAACUGCUUCAUUGUUUGUUGUUGAGGGAGGUUCAGCAGCCUAAUGGGUUGGAGUUUUGGGUUUGUGUCCAAGGGAAAUAUCUUAGGUUUAGUAUCGAAGAGUUUUCGUUGGUUACCGGGUUAGAUUGGCAGGUUGAUUCUGAUUUUUAUCAGUUUAAGCAAGAUGAUAAUGAAUUGGUCAAACAUUGUUUUAAGGGGUACAAAAAAAUUACCAAGGGUGCUAUUCAGACUUCUUUUAUUGCUGACAAUCUGAAGGAUAGCGACGAUCUUGCAGUCAAGUUGGCUGUCUUGUAUUUUGCGCAGUGUUAUUUGUUGGGUGGUCCCCCGGGUAAAGUUGUUUCGUCAGAGGAAAUAGAUGUUGUCGAUAGUGGUCGAUAUAAUGAAUUUGGUUGGGGCAAGCACUGUUUUGAUAUCACUAUGCAUUCUUUGAAGGGUAAGAUUGAUUCUGGUCUUAAGAGGGUAGUUCGUAGUGACGAGGAUGGUGGGUAUUACAGGUUACUGGGUUUUCCCUUGGCUAUUCAAUUCUGGUUUUUCGAGUGUUGCCCGUACGUUAUUGGGAAACUUUCGUUCUACUCAAAUGUUGGCAUUCCAAGGAUUUUUAAUUGGCCUAAACUACCCAAGGACAAGGAGGGUCAGGUGAAAAUGGAUGUCGUGAACACCCUCAUUUUCAAUCGGUCUUUGAAAGAGGUAAUUCUGUUGUUUUUUACACUUUUUUCACUGUUGCUUUAAUGUUGUUUUUGUAUACAUUUGUUAUACUUGAUGUUUCAAUUGUUGUUGUUAUUUUAUAUUCUCAGUUUCGUGUGCAUAUUUUUUUUGGUUGUUGUUGUUGCAGUUAAAAUUACGAAACAUCACUCCAACUUCUGUUGAGAGAGUGAGUUUGAGCCUUAAUGAUUUUCUCUGGUGAGACUACUCCCGAUGCUGUCAAAUUCAAAAUUAAAGGUGGUUCCAAGUCUGUUGGUCAGCCUGGCUUGAUGGGUGCUUCUUCAUCAUCUGCUCAUGAGAAUGUCUCCCGAGUUGAGUUUGAGGAAUUAAAAAAGAGUCUAUCUGUUGUUGUCAGCCAGCAAGGGAUUCUUAUGAAAUCUGUUGCUGAAAUGAACAAGAAGUUGGACAUUCUUAUUGAGGUGUUUUUUUUAUUGUCAUUAUUUGUUUUUUUUUUGUUAUUUUUUUAGUAUUGUUGCUAUGUUGUCUUAUACAGUUAAUUAAUUUUUUAAGUUUUUUUUUCACAGUCAUCCCAAGGUGGUCAUACUCACAAUGGAUAUCAGUCUGAAGAUGCUCUUCGUUCUUCAGAAAAUGAGGAUGAUGAAGAUUCUACUUCAGAGGAAGAUGAGGAUGAUAAAAACGAGGAUGACAAAGGAGAUGAACAUCAUGAGGAUGAUAUUGAUGAUGAUGAUGAUGAUCUUGAUGGAGCUGGAAUUGGUGCUGGUCAGGAUGAGGCUCACACGGGGGAUGUUCGUAAUGAUGAGGGUGUUGUUGUCCCCGAGGAUGUUUCGAGGGAUGAUGAUACCGGCAAGGUGGAUGAUGCCAAGAAGUCUGACCCUGUGGAACCUGUUUCAGAGAUCAAACAGGUGUAUAUCCUGUUUGCCCAUCAUUUUCUGUGCUCUUUUUUGUGGAUUUUGUGUUUUGAGUUUGUUUUAAUAGUUUUUUAAUGUUAUUUUUGUUGUCAGUCUGAACUGUCUCAAGGUGUGGAGGAGAACAUUAAUGUUGAUGCAACAAUUGCAUCUACUGUUAAAGCUGUGGAGAAUUUUGUUUGUGUUUCUUUUCUUUUUUCUUUAUAAUUUGUGUUUAUAUGAUAUUCUAUUGUUGUUUUACUAGUGUUUUGAUUGUACUUUUUUUUUAAAAAAAAUAAUUCUUUUUUUUUUCCUUUUUUUUUAGAUUGGUUCCUCAACUCAUGUCCCUGCUACUGUUGAGACUUCUGAGAAGACUGAUCUUGAAAUGGUUGUUUUUCAAGAGACUCAUAUUUUACGUCCUCAAAAGAGGGAUCGGAGGAAUGGAGCUGUUUUGAAAUCUCCAUUCAUUGAGCUUGCUUCUGGUGCAUCUAAAUCAGGUUCAUCCUCAGUUUCUCCUGAUGAGUCUGUUUAUAAGGUGGUUAAAUAUGUGCGUGGUUUGUGCCCGUUGGACAACAAGAUUGGUGAACCUGUUGAUCCGCAAUUGGAAGCUGAGUUUGUCACUUGGGUUGAUACAGGUCUUAGAAAGCAUAAAUCUAACACAACAACUAAUGUGUAUUGUAAGGGUAAGGACACAAUAUUUCCGCCAUUUCGUUUUGGUGUUGAGGACAUUAGCAACAAGAUGUGGUUUCACAACCUUGCCUACCCUAAUUGUUUCCUUACCAAUUCUCACAUUGACAUUAUUUUCUACUAUCUUCGUAAGAAAAUAAUGUACUCAGCCGAGCCGAAAAUCAAAGUCACCACAACUGAUUGCCUUUUUUGUUCUAGCAUAACAAGCUUGUAUGAGAAGUUUGUUGAGAAAAACAACGAUAUAUCGGUGUUGUCUCUUUCUCACAAUGUGGCCCAGUACAUCCGUGGUGGUAAGAUAUUAUGUGCCACUCCUUGGCAUUUGGUUGAUCAUGUUGUUAUGCCUAUCAAUGUAAAAUUACAGGACCAUUGGAUUUGUGGUCGUCUAAACAUAGCUGAGCGGCGGAUAUAUUUGUACAAUUCAUUGCGUUCUGGAAGGUAUAUGACAGCUGCCAAAGAGGCUUGCAAGCCUUUUUCUGUUAUUUUACCAUAUUAUUUCUCUAUGUUAGACUUCAAAGGCCUUCGCAAUGAAGCUAAGUUUAGCACGAUGGAACCGUUCCCUAUUGUUGCCGUUGAUGGUUUACCCGAGCAGGUCACAGCGUAAGUUUUAUGUAUAGUGUUCAAUGUUUUUCACUGCUUGUUUGUAUUGUUAUGUUUUUCUUAUGUGACUUUGAUUUUUAUUAGUGUUCUCAUAGUGUUUGUGUUUGUUUUUCUUAUUGUUUUUUUCCAGUGAUUGUGGUGUUUUUGUAGCAUCAUUUGCUGAGUAUUUCAUUGAUGGCAAACCCAUCCCAUCCUCUGGUUUUGAUGUGGAAAUUCACCGCGAUCGUUUGGUUGUGUUGUUUUAUCAUUAUGGGAUGAAGAAGCAACUUGAGAACAUUGAAAGUGAAUCCGAGGCCCCUCCCAGCCUUCCCAAGAGGUGAUUUUUUUUUCAAUCAGACUGUCAUUGUUCUUAUAUUUUUUUAAUGUUGUUUUAAUGUUUUUUUAUGUUGUUUUCGAAAACAAAAAUUGGUGUUCAGUUAUGUUUUUUACGUUUUGUGUGGACAAUAUGUAAUCUUUAUUUCUGUAUGUUUUUUUUCCCUUUUUGUUAUGUACGAACAAGUUGUUAUGUUAAAUUUGUUAGUAUUUUCAUUUCACAUCACAUCUUUUUAUGUUUUUUUUUUCUUAUAGUUUUUCUGUUUUUUUGAAUUCAAAUAUUUAUUUCAUUAAUAAAAAAACAAACCGUUUCAGUAAUAAACUUCA